UUGACGACUAAGUAUAUAAUUAAUGUAUUCUUUUAAAUUCUAAAGGGUUACUCUAAGUUUUAAUGAUACUGGAAUACAUAGCCAUAUCAUAUUUCUCAGCAAUCUCUGGUAUUAUAUACAUCGACAUUUUAUGACUUCACCACAUAAAUUAUACUUUGUGAAGAACUGUCAAAGGCUGAUUCCUCAGUUUACUUCAUCCACCUGCACGGAUACAACCUUGACUAAAGCUGCAUAAAGACAUCUACUUUGGGCAUUGAAAUCUAACAUCGGUAAUUUCCUAUUUGACAUUUGUAAAAUCGAAUUUGUUUUAGUUUCAAUUUGAUUUAGCUUGAAUAGUAUGUCUCGUGGACGCCCUACUGUUCCUCGUUUUAUUGUGAAUCCUAACAAAAUACAGAUCAGCAGAUAAUCAAUGAAAGGCUUACAAUUACGACACCAGUUCGAUAUUUGUUGGAUUCAACGACUUGUAUUGCUUGAUGUGGUCACCGUGGAUUGUUGAAGAAUUCUCACAUAUGCCCAGGGCGAAAAUCUAUUCAAAAUAAGUCUAACAUUUUUUCUCGCUGUUCGUAGUGUGUAUCACUUAAAAUUAAGAAAUGUUUAAUUGAAAUAAACUUUUUGGAUCACUAUGAAUUUGCGAACAUCAAAUAGGAAAUUACCCUAAUGUGAAUGUAAUGUAAAUAAUAGUGUAACAAACAGUUUUGAAGAGGUAUAAGUUUCCAUUCUCUUUUAUGUUUUGAAUACAUACGCUGUAUGCUGUUUAAAAUCCAAGGAGGCGAACUCAGGAUUUACUGGUCGAGUUAAGUACCUUGUAAUUGUUUACCGUAAAUUUAAUAUAUUCCUAUUAUUCGAUGUGGUUAGCUAGAAUCUGGAUUAUAUCAGAGUACUAAUAAGGUACCUGCUCGGUUUCUAAAUCUCUAUUCUUUUACGUUAUGUGUAUAUUUGCGUGAAAUUAUUACGAAAUACGAAUUUAUUGCUAAAAGUACGAAGCUACGCGAACGUUGGUAUGGUUGAAUAAAGUUGAAAACUUGAAAAACAGCUGAAUUAUUUCUACAAACUUCCAACACACUGAUUCACUAUUUUUCAUCUGGAAACGAAUAUCAUCUGACAUUGGAAGGAGAAAAUGUUUAACUUCAGAUUUAUCAUCAACAUCAUGUUUUAAAGACAAAAAGAAACUAUUACACACAAGACCUAUAACCUGUCUAUUUACAUUUCUGAUGAAUUAUGGUGAAAUAUGUCUUUCUGAACUGGGAUCGUUAACAAAAUUUCACACAUAAUUAGACUUGAAAACAAAGGGGUUUUUUUUUCCUGAGGAGAUGCUGAAAGAUAUAGAAAUGUCAUCAUAUCAUUGUGAUAUAUGUAAAAAGAUAUUCUAUCACAAAAAUAAACUCAGUACUCACAAAUGCAUUCAUACCAGAGAAAAUCCACAUCACUGUGAUAUUUGUGGUAAAUCAUUCUCUCAGAAGGGUAGCUUAAAUAAACACAAAUACAUUCAUACUAGACAAAAUCCAUAUCCCUGUGAUAUUUGUGGUAAAUCUUUUUUCCAGAAGGGUAACUUAACUAAGCAUAAAUAUAUUCAUACAGGAGAGAAACCAUAUUGUUGUGAUAUCUGUGGUAAAUCAUUCUCUGAAGGAAGUCAUUUAACUAGACACAAACGUAUUCAUACAGGAGAGAAGCCAUAUCACUGUGAUAUCUGUGGUAAAUCAUUCUCUCAAAAUGGUGACUUAAAUACACACAAAUAUAUUCAUACAGGGGAGAGACCGUAUCACUGUGGUAUCUGUGGUAAAUCAUUCUCUCAUGCCGGUAACUUCACAACACACAAAUAUACUCAUACAGGAGAGAAACCAUAUUGUUGUGAUAUCUGUGGUAAAUCAUUCUCCCAGAAAGGCAGCUUAACUUCACACAAAUAUAUUCACACAGGAGAGAAACCAUAUCACUGUGAUAUCUGUGGUAAAUCAUUUUCACAGAUAGGUAGCUUAACCACACACAAAUAUAUUCAUUCUGGAGACAAACCAUAUCAGUGUGAUAUCUGUGAUAAAUCUUUUGCAAAAUGUUAUCAUUUAACUACUCACAAACGCAUUCAUACUGAAGAGAAACCAUAUCAUUGUGACAUCUGUGGUAAAUCAUUCUCUAUCAGAAGCCACUUAACUACUCACAAAUAUAUUCAUGCAGGAAACAGACCAUAUCACUGUGAUAUAUGCGGUAAAAGCUUCUCUCGGUCAAGUAACUUAACUACUCACAAACGAAUUCACACAGGAGAAAAACCAUAUUGCUGUGAUACAUGUGGGAAGUCCUUCUCUCAGAAAAGUACCUUAACUACACACGAGCGUAUUCAUACAGGAGAGAAGCCAUAUCAGUGUAAUAUCUGUGGGAAAUCCUUCUCUGAAAAUGGUAACUUGACUAAACAUAAGCGUAUUCAUACAGGAGAGAAACCAUAUGACUGUAAUAUCUGUGGUAGAUCAUUCUCUCAGAAUAGUCAGUUAACUAUACACAAACGUAUUCAUACAAGGGAUAAACCAUAUCACUGUGAUGUCUGUGGUAAAUCAUUCUCUCUAAACCAUCACUUAAAUAAACACAAACGCAUUCAUACAGGAGUGAAACCAUAUUGCUGUAAUAUUUGUGGUAAAUCAUUCUCUCAAAAUGAACAUUUAACAACACACAAGCGUAUGCAUACAGGUGAGAAGCCAUAUCAGUGUGAAAUCUGUGGUAAAUCAUUCACUGGGAGUAGCUACCUUACUACACACAAACGCAUUCAUACAGGAGAGAAACCAUAUCACUGUGAUGUCUGUGGUAAAUCAUUCUCUGAAAAUGGUGCCUUAAUUACACACAAACACAUUCAUACAGGAGAGAAGUUAUAUCGCUGUGAUAUUUGUGAUAAGUCAUUCUCUUUAAAUCAUAAUUUAACAAAACACAAACGUAUUCACACAGGAGAGAAGCCAUAUCACUGUGGUUUCUGUGGUAAAUCAUUCUCUCAAAAAAGCCACUUACUUAGACAUAAACGUAUUCAUACAGGAGAGAAACCUUAUCAAUGUGAUAUCUGUGGUACAUCAGUUCCUCAGAAUUAUACCUUAACUCAGCACAAACGUAUUCAUACUCGAGAGAAACCAUAUCACUGUUAUAUCUGUGGAAAAUCAUUCUCUGGAAGUAGCCAUUUAACUACUCACAUACGCAUUCAUACAGGAGAGAAGCCAUAUCAUUGUGAUAUCUGUGAUAAAUCAUUUUGUCAUGGUAACACCUUAACUAACCACAAACGUAUUCAUACUGGAGAGAAACCAUAUCACUGUGAUAUUUGUGAUAGAUCUUUCUCUGAAAAUGGACAUUUGACUAUGCACAAACGUAUUCAUUUAGGAGAGAAACCAUAUUACUGUGAUAUCUGUGGAAAAUCAUUCUCUCAAAAUGGUAACUUAACUAGACAUAAACGUAUUCAUACAGGAGAUAAACCAUAUCACUGUGAUGUAUGUGGUAAAUUAUUCUCUCAUGGAAAUACCUUAACUAUACACAAACAACAGAUUCAUACGAAAGGAAAGCCAUAUCUUUGUGAUAUCUGUGGUAAAUCUUUCUCUUAUCAAAGUAAUUUAAGCAGACACAUAUGUGUUGCUACAAAACAGUAGUUGUGUCAAUAUUAAAAUUUGUUAAAACUCACAUCAAAAUUUUUAAAACCAUUUUCUCUGCUAAAGUAGUGUUUACAGUCUGUUAUGGAAGAAUCCUGAUCACCCCCAUGUAACUGAAGGUGGACUAACCGAUUAUAAUAAAUAACUGAAUGAACUUUCUGGGAGGAAUUGACAGUAUUAGUUCGACUGUGUUGGUUAACAAUCUGUAGUUGAACAGUGAAAACUGAGUAUCGUACCUACAUACGGAGUGCAUUCUGUGUUAACAUAUAUUUCUGUGAUAUGUUAUUUUUAGAUAACUACAACCAACCAUUUUACACCAGACGUGUAUACUCACUUCAUAACAGAGUCAGAUUUACUUCUCACUGAUUUGGAAAAUGUGAAUAAAAAGACACCCAGAACAAUCCACAGUAUGUUGAUUUAUACAUGUGAUUUGUCAAAUGUGACUCUCGGAGUAUUGGUUGAGUGAAAUGUCUCUUUUCCAGGAAAUAAAUUAACGUCUCAGUGUUGCAGCAUGUAUCAUGUUGUUACUAUGCUUCGUACAUCUCACACAGUAGAGGCACAAUGGCCCAGUGGUUAGGGCAGCGGACUCGCGGUUUCGAUUCCCAGACAGGGCGUUGUGAGUGUUUAUUGAGCAAAAUCACCUAAAGCUCCACGAGGCAUCCUGCAGGGAAUGGUGGUGAACCCUGCUGUACUCUUCCACCACAACUUUCUCUCACUCUUACUUCCUGUUUCUGUUGUGCCUGUAAUUCAAAGGGUCAGCCUUGUCACACUGUGUCACGCUGAAUAUCCCCGAGAACUACGUUAAGGGUACACGUGUCUGUGGAGUGCUCAGCCACUUGCACGUUAAUUUCACGAGCAGGCUGUUCCGUUGAUCGGAUCGACUGGAACCCUCGACGUCGUAAGCGAUGGAGUGCCAACACACAUCUCACACAGUCCAAUGCAUGGAAAAUAAAUAAUUUAUGAUGGGUGAUGUCAUAGAAGUAAUGUAACUCAGAACAGACAAUGUAAGAAAUAAUAAAUUAUAUAUAUUUGUGCUUAA